GUUGGCGCGGGCCGCGGGUGAGGCGGGGCCGCGCGGGUCCCCUCCCCCUCCCCGCCCGGUCCCCUCCCCCUCGGGUCCCCUCCGGAGCGCCGGGCGCCGCCGGCUCUGUGCUCCGCUCCCCGGAGCUGCCGCGGCUGCGGGGUUGGGCUCGCCGAGGACAAGGUCAGCAGAGCGGGCGGCGAUGCCCGAGCGUGAUCUGAGGCAGCCGAUUGGAGGCCGCCGCGGCCGGGAACCGUCGCUCCGGACGGGACAGCGGGACGAGGGUCGGCGCCGCUGAGCAGCCGAGGAACGGCGGCGGCGGCGGCGAGGUCGUCUGCAGCUGGAAUCCCCGCCUCAGCGGCAUCCCCGUGCUCGCCCACCCGCCCGCCCGUGAGCGUAGCCCGGGCACCGGGAAGAUGGAGCUGGGGGGCCGGGCCCGCUCGGGUGCCCCGCAGCUGGCCGCCCCGGGGCUGUGCAGGGCUCGGCGGGCGAGCGGCGGGGGCGCCUCCUCCUGGCUGCAGCUGGACGGGCACAGCUGGCUGCUGUGCUAUGGCUUCCUCUACCUGGCGCUCUAUGCUCAGGUGUCCCAGUCCAAGCCCUGCGAGAGGACUGGCUCCUGCUUCUCGGGUCGCUGUGUCAACUCCACCUGCCUGUGCGACCCGGGCUGGGUGGGGGACCAGUGCCAGCACUGCCAGGGCAGGUUCAAAUUAACAGAACCUUCUGGAUAUUUAACAGAUGGUCCCAUUAACUAUAAAUAUAAAACUAAGUGUACAUGGCUAAUUGAAGGCUAUCCAAAUGCAGUGUUAAGGUUAAGAUUCAAUCAUUUUGCUACUGAAUGCAGCUGGGAUCACAUGUAUGUUUAUGAUGGAGAUUCAAUAUAUGCGCCUUUAGUAGCUGUGCUUAGUGGCUUGAUCGUCCCCGAGGUGAGGGGCAACGAGACGGUGCCUGAGGUUGUCACCACGUCUGGCUAUGCGCUGCUGCACUUUUUCAGCGAUGCUGCAUAUAACCUCACUGGCUUCAACAUCUUUUACUCAAUCAAUUCUUGUCCCAACAACUGCUCUGGCCAUGGAAAGUGUACAACCAGUGUGUCUGUUGCGAGUCAAGUGUACUGUGAGUGUGAUAAGUACUGGAAAGGGGAAGCGUGUGAUAUCCCGUACUGUAAAGCCAACUGUGGCAGUCCGGACCAUGGCUACUGCGACCUGACGGGAGAGAAACUGUGUGUCUGCAAUGACAGCUGGCAAGGUCCGGAUUGUUCUCUGAAUGUUCCUUCUACUGAGUCUUACUGGAUUUUGCCAAAUGUUAAACCCUUCAGCCCUUCCGUAGGUCGGGCUUCACAUAAAGCAGUUUUACAUGGGAAAUUCAUGUGGGUCAUUGGAGGAUACACCUUUAACUACAGUUCUUUCCAAAUGGUUCUGAAUUACAAUUUGGAGAGCAGUAUAUGGAAUGUCGGAGCUGUGUCAAGGGGACCUCUCCAGAGAUAUGGACACUCUCUUGCUUUAUAUCAGGAAAACAUCUUUAUGUAUGGAGGCAGAAUUGAAACAAGCGACGGCAAUGUCACAGAUGAAUUAUGGGUUUUCCACAUACACAGUCAGUCUUGGAGCACAAAAACACCCACCGUUCUUGGCCAUGGUCAGCAAUACGCUGUGGAGGGACAUUCGGCACACAUCAUGGAGCUGGAUAGUAGGGACGUUGUCAUGAUUGUCAUAUUUGGAUAUUCUGCAAUAUAUGGCUACACAAGCAACAUACAGGAAUAUCAUAUCUCUUCAAACACCUGGCUGGUUCCGGAAACUAAAGGAGCGAUUGUGCAAGGUGGAUACGGCCACACAAGUGUGUAUGAUGAGGUCACCAAGUCCAUCUACGUUCACGGCGGUUAUAAAGCCUUACCAGGCAAUAAGUAUGGACUGGUGGAUGACCUGUAUAGGUACGAAGUCAACACCAAGACUUGGACUAUUUUGAGAGAGAGUGGGUUUGCCAGAUGCCUUCACUCAGCUGUCCUAAUCAAUGGAGCUAUGCUUGUUUUUGGAGGAAACACUCAUAAUGACACUUCCCUGAGUAACGGUGCAAAAUGUUUUUCUGCCGAUUUCCUGGCAUAUGACAUAGCUUGUGAUGAAUGGAAGACGUUACCUAAACCAAAUCUUCAUAGAGACGUCAACAGAUUUGGACACUCUGCCGUCGUCAUCAACGGGUCAAUGUACAUAUUUGGAGGAUUCUCUAGCGUGCUCCUUAGUGACAUCCUUGUGUACAAGCCUCCGAACUGCAGAGCCUUCCGAGAUGAAGAGCGCUGUAGAAACGCCGGCCCAGGAAUAAAAUGUGUGUGGAACAAGAACCACUGUGACUCUUGGGAGACUGGGAAUGGGAACAAUAUUCUCAGAGCGAAGUGCCCCCCUAAGACAGCUGCUCCUGAUGACAGAUGUCACCGAUAUGCAGACUGUGCCAGCUGCACCGCCAACACUAACGGGUGCCAGUGGUGCGAUGAUAAGAAGUGCAUUUCAGCAAGCAGUAACUGCAGCAUGUCUGUCAGAAACUAUACCAAAUGCCAUGUAAGGAAUGAACAGAUUUGCAACAAACUCACAAGCUGUAAAAGCUGUUCACUGAACUUGAACUGCCAUUGGGAUCAGCGGCAGCAAGAAUGUCAGGCUUGGCCAGCUCACCUUUGUGGGGAAGGCUGGAAUCAUGUUGGGGAUGCCUGUCUUCGAAUCAACUCCAGUAGAGAAAGUUACGACAAUGCGAAGCUUUAUUGCUAUAAUCUCAGUGGAAACCUUGCUUCUCUGACUACUUCUAAGGAGGUAGAGUUUGUGUUGGAUGAAAUACAGAAGUACACACAGCAGAAAGUGUCACCAUGGGUAGGCUUACGCAAGAUCAACAUUUCCUACUGGGGAUGGGAGGACAUGUCUCCCUUUACAAACACAACGCUGCAGUGGCUUCCUGGAGAACCAAAUGAUUCCGGAUUCUGUGCUUAUCUAGAGAGGGCUGCAGUGGCAGGACUGAAAGCAAACCCUUGUACGUCUAUGGCGGAUGGCCUCGUCUGUGAAAAGCCCGUUGUCAGUCCAAAUCAAAACGCAAGGCCAUGCAAGAAGCCGUGCUCCCUGCGCACCUCUUGCUCCAACUGCACCAGCAGCGGCAUGGAGUGCAUGUGGUGUAGCAGCACCGAGCGGUGCGUGGACUCCAACGCCUACAUCAUCUCCUUCCCGUACGGGCAGUGUCUGGAGUGGCAGACGGCCACCUGCUCCCCUCAAAAUUGUUCUGGAUUAAGAACCUGUGGACAGUGCUUGGAGCAGCCUGGCUGUGGCUGGUGCAACGACCCCAGUAACACGGGGAGAGGGUACUGCACUGAAGGGUCCUCCCGGGGACCAGUGAGAGUUGGCGGAGCACGCAACAGCGAGGCGGUUCUCGACACCAGUCUGUGCCCCAAAGAGAAGAACUACGAGUGGUCUUUCAUCCAGUGUCCAGCUUGCCAGUGUAACGGACACAGCACCUGCAUCAAUAACAACGUCUGUGAGCAGUGCAAGAAUCUCACCACUGGGAGGCAGUGUGAGGACUGCAUGCCCGGGUAUUAUGGAGACCCCACCAACGGAGGGCAGUGCACAGCGUGCACAUGCAGUGGCCAUGCGAAUAUCUGUCAUCUGCACACAGGGAAGUGUUUCUGUACAACUAAAGGAAUAAAAGGUGACCAGUGCCAACUAUGCGACUCUGAAAAUCGCUAUGUUGGUAAUCCACUCAGAGGAACAUGUUAUUAUAGCCUUCUGAUUGACUACCAGUUCACCUUCAGUCUGUUGCAGGAAGAUGACCGCCACCACACGGCCAUCAACUUCAUCGCCAAUCCAGAGCAGUCAAACAAAAAUUUGGACAUUUCGAUUAAUGCUUCCAACAACUUUAAUCUCAACAUUACAUGGUCGGUUGGCUCGACAGGAGGAACAAUAUCUGGGGAAGAGACUCCUAUAGUUUCUAAGACAAAUAUAAAGGAAUACAGAGAUAGCUUUUCCUAUGAAAAAUUUAACUUCAGAAGCAAUCCUAAUAUCACAUUCUAUGUGUAUGUCAGCAACUUCUCCUGGCCUAUUAAAAUACAGAUUGCGUUCUCCCAGCACAACACCAUCAUGGACCUGGUGCAGUUCUUCGUCACCUUCUUCAGUUGCUUUUUAUCCUUGCUGCUGGUGGCUGCUGUGGUUUGGAAGAUCAAACAGACUUGCUGGGCUUCCCGACGGAGAGAGCAACUGCUCCGAGAGCGACAGCAGAUGGCCAGCCGUCCCUUCGCCUCCGUGGAUGUAGCGCUGGAAGUGGGAGCCGAACAGACAGACUUCCUGCGCGGGCCCUUAGAGGGCGCACCUAAGCCAAUAGCCAUAGAACCCUGUGCUGGGAACAGAGCCGCUGUCCUGACGGUGUUUCUCUGUCUGCCGAGAGGAUCGUCGGGCGCCCCACCCCCUGGGCAGUCAGGCCUUGCUAUCGCCAGUGCCCUGAUAGACAUCUCACAGCAGAAGCCUUCUGAUAAUAAAGACAAGACCUCUGGAGUCCGCAACCGGAAACACCUCUCCACGCGGCAAGGAACUUGUGUCUGAUUGGAGACCCCUUCUGUGCUGUGUGCUGGUUUACUUCACAAAUGGCUUCCGUUAGAGCUGUUCUGUGGCCUUGGGUUUUACAGAUGUUAAUGUCCUAUGAUCCAGGGCCCACAUACAGUUCCCUCUAAGUGGGCAAUGUCCCAAGUGGCCAAAGAAUGCCAGUGAGUUUUUUAAAAGUAGCAGUAUUGAUGGUCACAAGUGAUAGUCAGUUUUUAUGGCUCUCUUAGACUUAGAGCUAACAUAACUUACUAUGGAAAGAGAUGUAUAUUGUUUCUUAAUGCAGAUGGAAAUAUGUAAUUCAUAUAAACCAACUGUUUAUAUCCCAAGACUUUAAAGAAAGACAUUUUAUAAUGCUUGAAUGGUACAGUUUUUGCCUCAUUAGCAAACGUAGGUCAUUUGCAUAUGAGUAGGAAAGGAAGAGAACAUGGCAGCUGAAAUUGCUGUUGUCUCUCAUGAAUAUGAAAGCAAGGCUUUUAUUUAAUAAGCUGUAGGUCAUGUGUUUAAAUUCUCCACAUGACCGCGUAGUAUCCAGAGUCAACUUGAGACUGCAGCAAUCGGACCAGAGAGUUGGUCUGCAUGCGUGUGUCACAGGAAGUUUGUUAGAAUUUCGAGCGUGGGGGACAGAGCUCGAAGAAGACUGGAGAUCAGUGUCCCCUCCUUCCACAAAGAGCCUCCAGUUCAACAGCCAGAACAACCAUUGGAUAACGGAGAUUCUGGUCCCGGUGGUGAUGCUUUGGUUGCCUGGGCAUCAUGGCACGGUGCCAGGCCAGCAUGUUCCUCUGAGUCGUCACUAGAAUGUGUCGCUUUCUCCCAGCCUUCUUCUUCUCGCUAGAUUUUAUUUACCUUUUACAAGUAUUACAAAAUGGACCUCAAAGGUGAUGCCUUCCGUGUUCCCUGCUACCAACUCCUUCCUGUAGAAUGCAAGCAGACCAGAGUCUGUCCGGCGAGCAUCAGCAAGUUCCCCAUCCCCGGUACAGUCACACCGGGCUGUGAGGUGUCCACAGCACAGAAACUAAUUCAUUGCUGGCCACGUCCAAAACGUCCCUAAUGACACAAAGCCCUGAGUAACAAUAGAAAGAAGAACACAAAGGCCAGCUCUUGCCUGGAACUGUCAUUUGUGUGCUAAUACGGACUGGAGUUCACUGAUGUUCAGUCUGGAGUGGUCGUGGUUGACUUCAGGGUGACCACAGGAGAGAUGAGAACAAGAUCCCAAAGCUGUUGCACACGCUGUACUUUUGUUGAACAUGGGAGUCAUUGUGUCUAUCCACGUUAAGUACUGUAGACACACUUUUCAUGUUCUUUGGAAUAUUGGAAGGCAAUGAAACUUUACAAUUAAUGCCUAGUUACUUGCAUGCCAUGGUUGUACAGUAGCAGAAUAUGACCCUAUUGCAAUAUCAAAUAUUUAUUUAAAAUUCCAUGUAUACAUAGCUUAAUUUGAUGAGAAUCAAGUGUAAUACGUAAGAGAAAUGACCACAGAAUAUGUAACUGCAUCUUAUAAAACAUAGUUAGGUGGAAUCUAACCAUGGUCGUCUUAUUUUGAUAACUAGCCUUUGGAAUAUAGAAUAUAUUCUUUACGUUAGCAUGAUAAUUUUACUCUAUUUUCCAUGCACCCCAAAUCAGAUGAAUUUGUAGAAUAGUUUUAGUAAUUUUCUCUACAGCCUGUGGGGUUUGGGUGGGAGAGGGAGGGUUGGUCAUUGGUACUUCCCAGAGCAUUUUCUCCCAGAAAACCAGUUGAGCUGAAUUUGUAAAUGUCUCCUAAAAGCAAUCAAGUAAUUUUAUCAACUUCUGUUGGACACUUUACAUGUUCAUUUUUUCCCAUGAAAUAAUAAAUUGGCCAAGCUGGGUCAUUACAAAGAUCUAGUCAUUUGGAAAUGAAGCAGUUGCUCGUUCUAUUUAAUCCGCAGCAGCUGUCACUAGAGAAAGCCGGGACAGGGAAAGUGAAGCGCACCAGACCUGCGCACCAGACCUGCACGCCCCUCGCAGCUUCCAGCGGUCAGCACCAGUGUGGAGGAGCUGUCCAGCCUCAUCCACCGCCAACCCCACAUGGUUCUUAAAACUUGCAAAUUUGAAUUUUAGAGACUUCGGGAAUUUAAUGCAAUGUCACACCCUACCGUUAACUCUGUGGCCAAAUUAUGCAAUGUAUCCUCAGCGUAUAAACCUUUUGACUGGAAAUAAAAUUCUUCACCCCUCGGUGAAGUGAACCAAA